ACGUCUCGCGGCUGUGAGGCACAGGAGGCUGGGUUGUGCGUAAGAAUCUCCUCGCCGUCUGUCCUCAAUUGUGACGCCAGUCUCAUCUUCGCUGUUGAGUACCAGCGAUGUUGUGGGUGAGGAUGAUCCCUUGCAUCGACAUUUCCAGGCUCAGCAGUCACACACGGAGUAUCCGCGCAUACUGCCUCAGUUCAGGUUUAGUCGGGCACGACAACUCUAGAUUUUUGCCACAGUUCGGACCGCUCUUUCAUGUCUUGAGACACCGGCGCCGCGCAAUAUGGUUUACCUUGCAUGCCGUGGGAAGCAGACGGAUCCGAGCGUGCAUGUUGCCGCUAAGUCUUAGGCUAAAACGCCCUGCCAUUGGCUUUGUGUUGGCUUGUCGUCGAAAGCUAUCAGCUACUAUGCUUCCUUCUUCAAGAACGUGGCAAGCGUUUGCCCCAUCGAACUAAAAUACCUAUCCACACAUCCAACAAAGAUCAAUAAAGAAACGUUUCUGACUUGAGACCGUUGCUCACCACACUACUGCACAUAACGGCGUUCGAGUGACUGCGUAUUUCUUAGGUACUCAGUACACUUGACAGCUCCGAGUGUCUUGAUUG